GUACGCCCAUCUUAUACUCUAUUACAUAUCCUACCUUUAUCCCACACCCCAGAAUCGCACUUGCUCGUACACUCAAACCUUGAGGUUUCUCCUCAUCAUUAACCAUGGUCCUCCUGCUCUUGGCUGGCUUAACUGUGCUCACCCGGUGGGCCCUCGCCCACGGUGGGCUAGCCAACUACACCGUAGGGGAGACGUGGUACAGAGGCUACGAUCCCUCCACCCCAACCUCGGAGCAGCUCGGCCAGCCAUGGAUGGUCCAGCGCCAGUGGGCCUCGAUCGACCCCAUCUUCUCCGUCACGGACCGGCACAUAGCCUGCAACAACCCGGGCACGUCCCCGCCCUCGUACAUCCCCCUGCGCGCUGGCAACACCAUCACGGCCGUCUACUGGUACUGGCUGCACCCUGUGGGACCCAUGUCGGUCUGGCUGGCGCGGUGCGAGACGGGCGACUGCCGAGACGAGGACGUGAACGAGGUCGCGUGGUUCAAGAUCUGGGAGGCGGGUCUGCUUGAGGGGCCCAACCUGGCUGAGGGGACGUGGUACCAGAAGUGGUUCCAGCGCUGGGAUGGGAGCCCCGCGCUGUGGCCCGUCAGGAUCCCGGCGGGUCUGAAGGGUGGGCCGUACAUGAUACGGCAUGAGAUCUUGUCGAUCCAUGUCGAGAGGAAGCCGCAGUUCUAUCCCGAAUGUGCCCACUUGAAUGUGACGGGGGGCGGGGAGCUGGAGCCGCCGAGGGAGUAUUUGGUGAAGUUUCCCGGAGCAUAUGCUGAAGAUGAUCCGUCAAUUUUCAUCGAUAUCUACUCAGAGGAGAAUGCCAACAAAACGGACUACGCAGUUCCCGGAGGGCCAAUAUGGGAUGGAUUUGGCGUGGUUGACAAGUUCUGCGUUGGAUGCUAACAUGAAGCCAGAGCGAGCUGGCAUUUAUCGCAAAUAUGGAUCAUCUCAAAGCAUGUACAUCAAAAGCAAAGAAAGCACU